GCCAACGCGUGAUCCCGUUGAUGCUCCUCGUAAUGGAGCGAAACAUGUCGAGCAAUAAUCAACUUAAAAUACAUCAGGAGCAAAAAUGCGCAUGAUAAGGCGCAUUGGACCAGAGCUCACAUACAAGAAAUACCUCGAUAGCAAUGAUGUAGUGUUAGCGGCCGAACGCAUGGUCCGCGAGGCGCCGGACGUGUCUCGCCUGCUGUACCUUCAACCAAAAACAAAGCAGAAUCGCAGCCUGGUCGCUUUGGAGUUGCAAAGUGAUAGACAGAGCAGUAAACCUGGAAUUCUUGUUAUAGCUGCACUAAAUGGAAUGGCAUGGGGAGCGCCAAAUGCAGUUCUUGAGCUAGCAAAAAAGCUUCUGUACGAUACUAAUUAUCAGACACCCUUCUUCAAUGACUACGAUUGGUAUUUAAUCCCAAUGGCAAAUCCCGAUGGUAUAAAUUUCACGCAAAGCCAACGCCAUCUACCGCCUCUAAACGCUACCGAAUGGGCUGUUAAUCUAACAGCCAGAGCCAAGACCCGCGCAGACGAAUGGCACAAGAAUGUGGACACCGGAGAGGGGCCGGACACAUGUUUUGGCACUAAUAUCAAUCGAAAUUUCGCAUUUCAUUGGCAAGAUGAUGUCAGCAAACCUCCCGAUCGUUGCUCGCAAUGGUUUCCAGGCGUUCGGCCAUUCUCUACAAACGAAGCACAAGCUAUACGGAAAUAUGUAGAUAAACUUGGUGAAACCAUUCAGCUUGCUGUACAUUUACACGCAAGUUUUGCCCCGAAGAAGGAGUUCAUGGUAUAUCCAUGGCGGUAUUCGCCACGGAUGCCAAGCAACCAUUACACUUUGCAAGAUAUCGGAGAAUAUGCAGCCAGGUUAUCGCGUCAGCCCGAUGGAAGAGUAUAUGAGGUGCACCAAAGUAGCAACGACGGACGCGUGGCGGGCUCAGUGAUAGACUACCUGUGUGGCGUGGUGGGGACCGAUCUAGUGUACCUACUCAAGCCUUAUCACAAGAAGUUUCCAGACUAUGACGUUACAAAUCACCUCAAAGCCUACGUGGACAAGUCGACGUCGGCAAUCCUGAGCCUGGUCCGCGGCUGGCGCAGGAGCACCAAACUAAACACGCUCACCUUCUUCGGCGUCGAUGUCGAGUUCUAGACUAAAAUCCUGUUAUUAUAAUAAAUCAUACUUUCGUUUCUUU